GAUCGCGUUUCUUAUAGUCUAUAUAAGCGCUACGCAUUGCUGCCAAGAAACGUGUAGGUUAAUAGAACUUGAAUUUUAAUAAAUAUUAAAAAUGCGAUUGUCAUAUCUAUUGUUGGCAUUUGCCAUAAUCUUGGUUAUAACAAUCAUGGGAGCACCUGAAGUGAAAGCAAAACCCAUUUCCGAAGCUGAUGCAAUCAGUGAAGCAGAUCCACUACGUUGGGGUUCUGCCUUGAAAAAAAUAUUGAAAUAUUUAAAAAUAUUAGGAAAAAUAAGCUGGAAAGUUCUUCCAAAAGUUGCAGGAGUGGCUGCCUCCAGCCUGAUUAUCGGCCGAUAGUAAAAUAUAAGGACUCUUUAAAAUAUAUAUAACAAAGAAAUAUAUAUAGUACUAUUUUAGAUUUUUAAG